AGACAACCCUACUCGCUAAUACUGCCAUUGCCAUGGCCUCCUCUGCUUCGUCCAUCCAUUUCUUCUCUCUCACUCCCCAAACCCUGUCUCUCUCCUCUUCCAAACCCACUACUACUUCAGUCUAUCUCUUCUCUACUACCUCGCUCAAGCCUCUUCCCAAGCUCAUUUCCCUGUCUUCUUCAUAUAAACUUCUCGAAGUGUCGUCGUCUCGCUUGGUACGAAAAGUCGCAGUUUCUUCUAAUUUUCGGCAAUUAGAAGAAGAAGAGGAGGUCUUCGGUGAUGACUCAGAGGGGCGUAGUUUCUCACCAGACCUCAAACUCUUCGUGGGUAACUUGCCCUUUAGUGUGGACAGUGCCGCUCUGGCUGGGUUGUUUGAACGGUUCGGUAAUGUAGAGAUGGUUGAGGUUAUAUAUGACAAGUUUACAGGGAGAAGCCGUGGAUUUGGUUUUGUGACGAUGUCUACUGUUGAGGAAGUCAAAGCAGCUGCUCAGCGAUUCGAUGGCUAUGAACUUGAGGGGAGGGUUUUGCGGGUGAAUUCUGGUCCUCCCCCACAGAGAGAAGAGUCUUCUUUUAGCAGGGAGUCUUCCUUCAGAGGAGCUAGGGGUGGGACAAGUUUUGACAGCUCUAACCGGCUUUAUGUGGGAAACCUUGACUGGGGUGUUGACAAUCUAGCACUUGAAACCCUGUUUAGUGGACAAGGAAAAGUUAUGGAAGCUAAGGUCGUCUAUGACAGAGAGAGUGGCAGAUCAAGGGGUUUCGGAUUUGUAACUUACAGUUCGGCUGAUGAGGUCAAUAGUGCAAUUGAAUCAUUGGAUGGUGCUGACCUUAAUGGCAGGGCAAUCCGAGUAAGCGUUGCUGAGGCUCGGCCAAAGCGUCAAUUUUGAUCACUAAAUAUUUUGUGCUGCCUUCGACCAAGAAAAAAUCGGUAUAAAUCUUUUCAUUUGACCCACAGUUGGGUUUUCUCUUUCAAGCUUUCUUAGAGCAGCUAAUAUACUGACACCACACACUAGCGCACGCGCACGCACGUGGGCGCGUGCAUAUAUGUGCAUCUAUGUAUGUCAAUGUUUAUAUCUAUAUCAUAAGAUAAGGAUGCAUUAUGUCUCGAGGGAUUAUUAAGCUUGACAAGCAAAUGAACAGAGUUGUGUUCAUUAGUCAUAAAUAUGCAUUUUGCCAGAGCUGUCUUGAUGUUUACAAAUGCCGAGAGUUGUUUUUAUUAUUCAUUUGGUAAUACACGGGCGGAGCUAAGAUUCUAUCAUAGUGGGGGCAAAAUCAUAAAUAAAAAAUAUAAUCAGCCCGUAUUAAAAAAAUUUCUGCAUCUCCCACUACAACAAAAGAUAUUUUUUACGACGAUUUUAAAUUUGUCGCAAAAAGUUUAUUAUUUGCGACGAUUUUAUAAUUGUCACAAUUUUUUACGACAAAAAGUUUUUGUUGUAAAUAGUUUUAUCUCGUCGCAAAAAUAAAUAAUCUAAAAUUUAAAGUAAAAUAAAAUCUAAAUUUUUAUUUUGGCAAUUUUUUGCAACGUUUUUUUAAAAACGUCGCGAAAAGGCGAUUCUCUCCAAUUUGUAUUUGGUAGAAGAAACUGCGGGAUUUGACAAAUUAAAUAAAAAAAUAAUUUAAUUAUUUUUUUGCAACAUU